UGUCCUCUACAUAAGAAGAGCUCCGUAGGCAGGUAGCUCUGUUGAGUGACUGUUGUGUUGUGUACAAGAGGUCUCUCUUUUUAGCCCAGGGUAAGGUGUAAGAGCUCUGAUCGAAGAUGUCUCUUAUGGAAGGUCUUCUCCUCCAGGCUCCAAGCACGGUGACACUGCUGGGGGCUGUGCUGUUUCUGCUCGUCCUCUACCUCCUCUCCUCUAGUUCCAGCUCUGAGGAACAUGGGAAGGAGCCUCCAGGACCCAGGCCGCUGCCCCUGAUUGGUAACAUGCUCCAGCUGGAUCUCAAAAGGCCCUACCAGACCCUCUGUGAGCUGUCCAAGAAAUAUGGCUCGGUGUUCACAGUUCACAUUGGACCCAGAAAAGUGGUCGUUCUCGCAGGAUACAAGACAGUCAAGCAAGCACUGGUCAACCAUGCAGAGGAGUUUGGGGACAGGGGCAUCAAUCAUUUGUUUAGUGAAUUAAACAAAGGACACGGUAUUGUAUUUGCCAAUGGAGAUUCAUGGAAAGAGAUGAGACGCUUUGCCCUGACAAACCUUAGGGACUUUGGAAUGGGCAAGAAAGCGAGCGAGGAGAAGAUCAUUGAGGAAGUUCAGUACUUGAUUGAAGUGUUUGAAGAACACAAGGGUAAAGCAUUUGACACAACCCAGGCAAUGAAUUACGCUGUCUCCAACAUCAUCUGCAGCAUUGUGUACGGCAGCAGGUUUGACUACUCUGAUCCACGGUUCCGACGCUCGGUGGAUCAAGCCAAUGAGUCCAUCCGACUCGGAGGAUCUAUUUCAAUACAGUUGUACAACAUGUUCCCAUGGUUGGGCCCCUUGCUGAAGAACAAGACUCUUAUCUUGAAAAAUAUUGCCGACAACAAGGGGGAGAUAAAGGAGCUGGUGAGGGGGCUGAAGGAGACUCUUAACCCGCAGAUGUGUAGAGGCUUUGUGGACUCGUUCCUUGUCCGAAAACAGACCCUGGAGGAAUUGGGCAACAUGAACUCUCAUUACCACACUGAGAAUCUCAUACAGACUGUGGCCAACCUGUUUGCUGCUGGUACCGACACCACGGGGACAACCCUGCGCUGGGGUCUGCUGCUCAUGUCCAAGUACCCCGAUAUACAGGACCGGGUCCAAGAGGAGAUAAGCAGAGUCAUAGGAAGUCGUCAGGUCUUGGUAGAGGACAGGAAGAACCUGCCCUACACUGAUGCAGUGAUCCAUGAGACCCAAAGACUGGCCAACAUUGUACCCAUGUCCAUCCCUCACACCACCAGCCAAGACGUCACCUUCCAGGGAUACUUCAUCAAAAAGGGGACUGAUGUGUUACCUCUGCUGACGUCUGUCCUGCGAGAUGAGAGUGAAUGGAAGAGCCCUCACACCUUUAACCCCGACCACUUUCUGGAUGAGGAAGGUCGAUUCGUCAAGAAGGAUGCCUUCAUGCCCUUCUCUGCAGGUCGUAGGGUGUGUCUAGGAGAGAGUCUGGGCAGGAUGGAGCUCUUCCUUUUCUUCACCUCCCUCCUGCAGCGCUUUUGUUUCUCUCCUCCUCCCGGGGUAAGAGAGGAGGAUCUGGACCUCACACCAUCCCUGGGGUUCACCCUCAGUCCUUCACCUCACCAGUUGUGUGCUGUGAGCAGGGUCUGAGAUGAAAGUCUGGGUCCAAUGUAUAUUACACACUAAACUCUCAACUUUAGACAAACAUACUGCAGGAAUAUGCUGAAAAAAUAUUUUGUCACUGCCCAUGGACAUGAAUGAUAUGAAUAUAUACCUGGCUACAGGGAUCUGAGGUUUAAAGUUGAUUGGACCAAAAUGAACUGAAGCAGCUUUUGUAAACCAUUCGGAGGGGUUUUGCUGUCCUAUAUGCUGACACCUUUAUGAUGUCUGAGGGGCAUUUGUUUAAAACCAUCAACGUUGAUCUAGAGACAAACACUCAAACAACCUUUUAGGGAUACCCUAGGUGGGGUCCUCAGUAAAAUGUCAAUGUCCGCAGGAAGUGUACCCCACUGAGGUCCAUAGAAGUCAUAUCCUUACCUACCACUCCAGGGAAAAUAUUAUUGGUUUGUAAUUCAAGAAUUCAAGAAUACAGAAAGAAGAACAGUCACAUUUGUAAUCUGAAAGUCCCCAAAAUAUGGCCUAAAAUUGUAAUCUAAAUGAAUAAAAAGUGUAAACUCUAAUCUAGUGCCCUCUAUACUGCCAGUUGUACUGUCAACACUUGGCACUUUUUUACAGGACAACUGUAUGACCUAUAGCUCAGUGUUUUUCCACAUGUCCUU